CGACCAUCGAAGCCAUAAUUUUUUCACCGUACAUGAUUGUCUGCGAGCCCGUGCGAGAUUACCUGUACGUGUAGUGUAAUGGUUUCAUUUUAAUACACUGAAGGCAAUUGAGAUCUGUGUAUUGAGGUGUGGAUGCAACGGAUGGAAACGCCGCGCGAAGUCGGGAAAUGUGUUUAAUUUUUGGUAAUAUUUCUCAAUUAAUAUGUGACCCAUGACAUGGAAAUAUCACCAUGUAGUCUGGAUAUUCCUGAUGCGUGACAACAUGACCAAUUAAAAGACAGUGAGCACGAUGUAAAUCCGUGCAGGAUGGCGUAAAUUCUUCUGACGGUGACCAGUUUGCAACCAUGGACGGAAGCUAACAAGAUACAUCACAUGAAGGUGUCAGUGUGGGACUACUACUGUGUCCUGCCUGCCACACACACCAACAAGCAUCAUGCAGCCUUUGACUUUAUGCAAAUUUUGCCACGGCAAGAAUAUUGAAAUCGAGGAUGACCACACGGCCACACGCUCGGGCAGCUUUAGCAAUGGGAUCGUGUUCAGCGCAGAGCCGCAUUCGAUCGGAGAGAAGGUCACCGUGGAGAUUAGAGCUGCCGGUGGGAACUGGUCUGGAGCCAUACGCUAUGGCUUCACCAACAAGCCCCCGGGAACUAUCCCCUCGGACCAACUCCCCCCGUUUGCGAUGCCCAAUCUGUCCUCGCAGCCUGGCUACUGGGCAAAGGGGUUGCACUCCAGGCACAAUGAAAAGGGCAAUAUACUUUCAUAUUAUGUGACUAAAGAUAGAGAGGUGUAUUCUUUUGUGAACAAUGAGAACAUUUCCACGGACAAAUUAUCACCAACUGACAUUGAUGUCAGCAAGCCUGUGUGGGUUCUCCUAGAUGUCUAUGGCACAACCACUAGUAUUGCACUCAGAGGAGAAGCAUCUCUAGGACAAGAUGGAGCUCCGGCAGAGAUCCUAUCUCGUGGUCCAGAGGCGAUGGAGGCCUUCAAGCAAGCAGCGACAAACGGGACCAAGCCUAUCUUCAGGACCAGACUCAUGCUUGUGGGCCAGGACCGUGUUGGCAAGACCAGUCUGAAGAGGUCACUUACUGGCCAAGGUUACAAUUCAGGAGAGGUAAGCACAGACGGGAUCGACACAAUGGAUGCCUGUGAAAUCAACAUCCAGAAUGCAACAGGUUGGAAGGUACAAGAAGGGGAAGAGCAAGAGACAUCUAAAAACACUGUCGAUGAUUCGUCAAGUCUCCAGGAUAGUUACACACAGGCCCUGGCCCUCAAUAUCGCCAAGGUCCUGUGGAACAAGAAGAAGAGGGCCCAGGAAGAGAAGGUCGAGGGUUCAAGUCCCGUCAUCCAGCAGCAGGAGGACUCGUCGCACAGCAAGGAGGAUUCUAAGGAUGAUGUAUGGAUCACCAGUGAGACAGACAGCAGCAGUGAUAAUGCCGGCGACAAGCAGCAGCAGGCUGAGGCUGAAGCAGAGCAGCUCGAGGACCUGGCCAAGUCACUGGACGAAGAGACCUUUAACCUUGUGACCUCUCAAGUCGAGAGACUCCUCAAAGAUGCCGAGGACGGCAAGACGGAUCUCCUGGCAGAGAAGGAGACGGAGCAGGACGAUUCAAAGAAAAUCGUCUUGAGUAUAUGGGACUUUGCUGGACAAUCUGUCUACUACACUACCCAUCAGGUCUUUCUUUCAUCUAGAGCAGUUUAUAUUAUAGUCUUCAAUCUAACCCAUGAACUUGACGCUCCAGCACAAACUCAAAUACGAAGAGGAGAUGAUACGGUAGAAUAUGCAGAGAGCGAGUUCACCAACCUUGAUUUCAUGGAUUUCUGGAUGCGUUCCAUCCACGCUUACACCGCUGAGAACAGGAGCAACGCCCUGGACAACACCAUGCUCUCGCCUCCCAUCUUCGUGGUGGGCACCCACAGGGCUAGCCUCAGCUCCGACCCGGUUGAACAAGCCAGGAUGGUUGAAGAGAAGUUCCUUAGAAUACGGCAGAAUCUUUUGGGUAAGCCGUAUCUACCUCACAUCAUACCAUCAUUCUAUGCAGUAGAGAACAACAUUGAUGAGGGAGACGAUGAACAGGUCACAAAGCUCCGGAAGCAUGUGGAAGAGGUUGCGAGCAAGGAGCCGUACAUGGGGGAGCAUAUACCCCUCAGAUGGCUUCGGUUCCAGCAGAAGGUAGCAGAUCUGGUAUCUCAGGGUAUCAACUACAUGUCGUUAGACAACAUGAGUGAGGUUGCAUCCUCCGUUGGCAUCAGUUCUGAAGCUGGCCUUCAGACCAUGCUCCAGUUCUACCAUGACCUGGGGAUCAUCAUCUACUACGGGGGACCGGGGGCUUCAGACUCCUCCCUUAGGAACACGGUCAUCCUGAGACCGCAGUGGCUGGUCGACAUCUUCAGAAGGGUCAUCACUAUCAAGGAUAUCGAUGAUAAGUGGUCGUUACUCCUGGAUGCUUGGACUAAGCUAGACGAGUACGGUAUUCUGCAAGACCAACUCCUGGACCAUAUGUGGCAUGAUGUGAUAGACCAGAAGGAAGUCCUGGUCGGACUGAUGGAGAAGUUUGAUCUCUUGUGUGAGCGGCAGACACCCAGUGAGCUGCCUGGUGCAGAUGAACCGUCCCAAGGAGUUUCAGGAGAGAGAAGUUACUAUGUGCCUUCGAGAUUACGGGAAUGUCCCGAUCAAGAGGAUCUGAUGGCUGAAACCAAUGCAUCUGUGGCCUUCUACAUUACUUUCAAUGGCUUUCUCCCUGACGGCCUGUUCCACCGCAUCUUGACCCGAGCGGUCCGCUGGAGCCAGGAGCAAGGAGGCAGGGAGCCUCGGCUCUUCUUCAGACAAGCCCGCUUCUUUCUCAACGACGAACACGAUGCCCUUCUCGAGAUGGCACCUGCCAGACUAGCCAGAAUAAAGGUCAUGGUGUUAAGUGUUGAUAUCUAUGAUGCCGAGGACCAGAGAACAGAUGCAGCUAAACAAGAGCAGGCCAAUCAGGAAGCAUGUGCCAAGGUACGUCACUUCCUAGACAGUACUCUGGCUGACCUUCGGCAGCUGUGCAUGAAGAGGGUCCGUUACCAGCUGGUCGUCGCUUGCCCUUGCAACAGGCGCUGUGUGCCUCACGGGAAGCAGGCCUGCCUGGAGGACGGUUGCCUCCAUUUCCUAAGCCUUGAGGAAUGCCUCAGCAAGAAAGUCGCCAUGUGCGAGUCGAGACGGAUCCGAACCAAUGUCUUUCAGAAGUGGUUUCCUUCAGGGAAACCAGCUAUCCCUGCCCCCUUGCCUGUCAAAGUGAGUACAAUAGAAACCAUAAAGGAGGAGGAUGUGCCGUCAUGGGUUCGUGUAGCAGCCAAGCUCCUCAACUCAGGCACAGAGAAUGCAGACUGGCUUUCCUUAGCCUACAGGCUUGGUUACAAGAAUGCCAAGAUACAGAAGCUGACUGAGGAUGAGCCUAACCCGGCAUUAUGCAUUUUACUUGACUGGUUUCAAACCAGCGGCAACACAGCCCUGUCUGUCGAGAUGCUCCUCUCGUACCUGGAGCAGAUGAAGAGGGAUGAUGUCAUCGAGGUCAUCGAGAAAGGUCAAGAUGUGAAUAAAGCGCCCCCUACGGUGUUCAUAAGCUACAACUGGGGUAUCCAGGAGGACGUCACGAACCUUAGGGACUACCUUGAACGGACCGGUUUCCCAUGCUGGAUGGACAUUGGUCAGAUGGGCGGGGGUGACCAGCUCUACAAUAAGAUCUAUGAGGGCAUUCACAACGCCAAGGUACGUAGGCCUGGACUUUGCUUCAUUUGUUUGCAUGUCAAUGAAGAUAUUUUCUGGAAUCUCCAUGCAUGUAUGUGGCCUAACAGGAGGGGGGAAUACCAACUCUUAGAUCCGUGAAAGAAUUCCCAAUGUUAAGUGUGAC